CCUCACCCAAGGCCAGGGCUGGUGAUUGCCUAGAACUAUUUAAACAGGUCAGCUCAUCCGAUCCCACUAAUUCAGCAGAGACCACCCGGGCUGGUUGCUCUUUGAACUGACUGAGACACUGCAAGAUGCCAAACUGGGGUGGAGGAGCAAAAUGUGGGGCUUGUGAAAAGACAGUCUACCAUGCGGAGGAAAUCCAGUGCAAUGGAAGGAGUUUCCACAAGACCUGCUUCCACUGCAUGGCCUGCAGAAAGGCUUUGGAUAGCACCACAGUAGCAGCUCAUGAAUCUGAGAUCUACUGCAAAGUCUGUUAUGGGAGGAGAUAUGGUCCUAAAGGAAUUGGUUAUGGACAAGGUGCAGGUUGCCUCAGUACGGAUACUGGAGAACAUCUUGGCCUACAAUUUCAACAGUCCCCAAAGCCUGCUCGCACAACUACCAACAACCCUUCCAAAUUCACUCCGAAGUUUGGAGAGGUGGAAAAGUGCCCUCGGUGUGGCAAAUCAGUAUACGCUGCUGAGAGAAUCAUGGGAGGAGGCAAACCUUGGCACAAAACCUGUUUCCGCUGUGCCAUUUGUGGAAAGAGUUUAGAAUCUACAAAUGUUACGGACAAAGAUGGGGAAUUAUACUGUAAAGUUUGCUAUGCAAAAAAUUUUGGCCCCACAGGAAUUGGCUUUGGUGGGCUUACGCAACAGGUGGAAAAGAAAGAGUGAAAUAUCUUGGAUUAAGCACAUCUUCUGUCUUUGUAACUUCAUAAAAUAUUCACCACGUUAACACAGCACUGGUAGAAACCCUUUAUAAACUAUCCUCCUCAUUCGACCUCAACUGUUUCUACUCAGAAGUGAUCAGAGUUCUUAGGGAUGACAUAUCAACUACUGAAGGAAACUGAUGAAAAUGUGUUCCAUAUCAAAUACAAUUUAACAUUUGUGAUACUCUGCAAACAAUAAAUGUAUUCAUGGUACCAGCGUAUGGCUGACAGCUCAGUUCUUAACAUGAUUUUUCUGAUUAUGGGAAAGAGAUAUAGUUUUACAAGACAAUAGCAAGCUACAUUUUUCAUAGAUAAAAGCUCUGCAUAGGGUGAUUUUGAGGUUCCAAACCCUCCCAAUCCAAACCAACUCAUUGAAAAACUUGGAGCUUUGCCAACAAAACCCCAAACUUUAUCAGUAGAACUGGCACGCUUUAAAUGACUUUUAGGGGUUGUAGCUCAGACUAGGACAGUAUCUUUCUACAAGUCUACCCAUGGGGCAAAAUUUAUAUGAAUUAUGGCAAAAAGGUCUCAUUGUAAAGUGACCAUCUCUUCCUAUUCCAGCUCCAGAUGUUUAUGAAACCCAACCCGAGAACAGCAAGAACACUCUAACUCCAAUAAUAACAGGAAGAGUUGAUCAGGGGUCAGUCUUUGGACAUUUCUACAUUUCAGACUCAACUGCUAAUAAACUGCCACCGCUUUCCUGAUAUUUUGAAUGCUGUAUAGAGCUCAAUUCCAGGCAAUUUAGAGUGGACAGGAAGGAAAGGUGCCAUCCCAUUUCAUUACAUAGUAUAAAGGUCUGUGAGGACACCCAGAGAGUCUGGCCCAUUGGGAUAGUGCCUCUCCUGUGCUCACAGCUUUUCUGUUGUACAGAGUCAGGGCAGCAUGUGGUUACUGUACCAACUAUUGAAUUCAUAGCAGGUGAGAAGCAGCAUGGCCUAGUGGAUAGAGCAUGGGCCUGAGUCAAAAUGAACUGGAUUCUUAUCCUGCAUCCACCACUCAUCUGCUGAUUGACCUUGAGCAAAUCACUUAUUUUAUCUGUGCCUCAGUUACCUAUCUGUAAAAUGGGGAUUAAGACUGUGAGCUCUAUGUGGGACAUGGACUGUGCCCAAUAUGAUUAGCUUACAUCUCUAUCCCUGUGCUCAGUGCAGUGGCUGGCACAUAAGUGCUUAACAAAUAUAAUUUUUAAAAAGCAAUUGUCAAAUUGGCUGGCCAGGCUACCUUAAUCUGAACAUAUCUGGAUUUUUGCAGAUUAAUUUUCCAUCUUUCUUGAAGCUGAAUCCUUCCUCUUCUCACGGCUGAAUUCUCCUUAUGCCAGUAAUAUAAUUGCUAAAUAAUCUGGUUCUGAACUAGUAACAGUGAUGGGAUCAUUCUAGAGCUUAACUGACUCGUAACUACUGUGAAAACUAAUGCAGAUUUUGAUACUUAAAUAAUUUAUUUACCAAAUAAGGUCUACAGAGUUAUGAAAUGUUGUUGGGAUAAAUGGUAAAAAAAUAAAUCAGGAAUACAACUUUAUACAUUCAUAUUUCAAGAAAUCCCAAAUAAAUGAAACCAGAUAUACAGACGAUACAGAAUCUAUAGACUCUAAAGCACACAUUCACCCCUGCCCUACCAACACAGAUUGAACACUCUCUUUGCGCAUAUACAUUUAUGCAUCAUAAAAUUAUAUAAAUAUGAGAAACCUGUCUUAUGGCUUGGUGUUCAUAAGAAGUCUGAUAGGCCUUUAGGAGCUCCCAGAUGAUGAUUUGCUGGGACUGGGCCAUUUGUGGAGGUAAAUAGCACAUGUUCCAUCCUGCCUCUCUCUCCAGUAAGUCCCUUCCCAAGCCAUUCUCCCAGGGAAGAAGGCUGUGGUGAAAAUGUUAGCCAUAAAGGCUACUAUUGUGACGACAGAGACAAGAAAGACCAAAUCAGAAGAGAAGGAAGGUUCUGUCUGUGAUUCUCCAUGUCAUCAAUCUGGUAUUUAUUAAGUGUUUAUCAUGUGAAGAGCAUUAUACUAAGCUUUUGAGCGAGUACAAGGGACUUGGCAGACAUGAUCCCUGCUCUCAAGGAAUUUACAGUCUAGUUAGCCCCUUAUCUUUCUUCUACAUGUGUUUUCUCUUUCCCACAAUAUAUGUCUGAUGUGUGCCUACAGGUGAGACAUCCAUGUAAAGCCUUAGAGUUUUCUAGAAAAUACUUAGGCAAGUCAUUUUAAAGAUAUGUAAAGCAUUUUUAAAAAUGAAUAUUUUUUGUCACACUUUAGUUUUGAAAUGGCUUACUUAAAAAUGGCUGUUUUGAAAUAAAGAAAGAGAACUUGUUCCGAAA